AUGGCCCUCCCCCCGGAAUUACUACUCCAAAUCUUCCGCUGGGCAACCUGGCCUCCCCCCGCCGUCAAGUUCAUCGCAGAAUACACCCCCUUCGCAGAAUGCAACACGACCAUUCCCCGAGACGACCCCAGCACCGACCUCAACCUCAAGUACAACCUCGUCUUACUAUCACGCCAAUGCCGCUCCCUCGCCACCGAGUUCCUCUACGAGCACAUCGUCUUCACCCGCCCCCGCGAGGACGCCUUUGACAUCGUCCCGUCCGCGGCGUGGCUGGUGUCCACGGGCUACGGCCGGUACGCCUCGUCCGUCCACAUCUGCUCCUACCAGGCCCCGAUAUAUUCCUACUACGACUGGGCGCCCAUCCUCUGCGCGUGCCCCAACAUCAAGCUCGCCAUGCGGCCCUCGUUCGGAUCCCCGCGGACGUUCCGCAACGCCACCCCCUCCCCGAACCCCAUCCCCGACCCAACGAGCAUCACCCGCCUCGAAUGGGAGUACUCCGCGAAUUUCAACGUCCCGCUCUUCCGCACCCUCGCCGCGCGCCUCCCGCACCUGCACUGGCUCUCCCUCACCUCCCUCGGCACCGGCGCGCACGCGCUACACCCCACGUCCGGCGUCCUCCGCCUCCCGCGCCUCCGCACGCUCUGCCUGCGCCUCGAGAACGCCGCCAUGUACCGCGAACUCGCGCGCUGGGACCUGCCCGCGCUCACGCACCUCAUCAUCGAGGAGCAGGACGUGUACGUCGGCGGCGUGCACGAGCGCGGCGUGCACCACCUCUUCGAGAAGCUCGGGCGCACGCUGGAGACGCUUGAGCUCGGCCGCGGGAAGGAGAAGCAUUUCCGCCAGUCGGACGUCGUCUCGCUGGCAGUUACGCUCUGCCCGCAUCUCCGCCAGCUGUCCUAUUACCCGCGGUACGCCGUGAUACCGUCGGUGGCGCGCUCGGCGAUUGUAGCCACGGGGCUGAGGGAGGUGUGUUUGCACAUAGGCUCGCUCGAGGAGCUGGAUCUGGAGUUGUUCCGCAUGCAUAUGCUAAGGCUGAUUGAGUGGCUUCGUCGACUCGAGGAGCUGGAUGAUCUGGCGCUUUACGGCGACUGGAGCACGGUUCUGGAAGACUCAGAAUUGAGAAAGGCCCUCGACGCUUCUUCUUGGAAGAUCUACUACAGGGAUGACACAGUAUAG